AUGAGGUACAAUCCCCAAUCGAUGGAGCUCAUCGAGGACUUCUACAUCCCCAUCCCCUUGGACACCAACAAUAUAACAGCACUUAGCCCCUUUCUGGUGCCUCAGGAACACUUGGGCACCUCGAUUCUUUUCAACAGCCUGGCCUUCUUCACGUUCUUUCUCUUCGUAGCGGGUACAAUCAUCAACUCCCUCACCAUUGUCUGCACCAUCCAGUACAAGAAGCUGCGGUCUCAUCUCAACUACAUCCUGGUAAACCUGGCAGUGUCCAACCUGCUUGUUUCCACCUUUGGCUCCUUCCUAGCCUUCUAUGCCUUCUGGAACAAAUACUUUGUGUGGGGACCCAUGACGUGCAAGCUUGAGGGCUUCGCCUCUACACUCGGAGGUAUGGUGAGCCUGUGGUCGCUCGCUGUUAUUGCUGUAGAAAGAUAUCUGGUCAUCUGCAAGCCCAUCAGUAACUUUACCUUCAAGAACACGCAUGCUCUCAUUGGCUGUGUGAUCCCUUGGGUCUUUGGAUCAAUUUCUGCUGUCCCCCCGCUGUUCGGCUGGAGUAGGUACAUCCCUGAGGGCCUACAGUGCUCCUGUGGGCCUGACUGGUAUACAGUGAAAAACAAGUACAACAACGAGUCUUACGUCAUGUUCUUGUUCUGCUUCUGCUUUGGCAUUCCUCUCUUUAUCAUUGUCUUCUCCUACAGCCAGCUGCUUUUUACCCUCAAAUCGGCUGCCAGGGCACAGGAACAGUCGGCUUCUACUCAAAAGGCAGAGAGAGAAGUAACCAAGAUGGUGGUGGUGAUGGUGCUCGGUUUCCUCGUGUGCUGGAUGCCGUAUACCCUAUUCUCUCUUUGGGUGGUAACACACCGAAAUGAGAGUUUUGACCUCCGAUUUGCCACCAUUCCCUCCUGCUUCUCUAAGUCCUCCACUGUCUACAACCCAGUCAUCUAUGUCUUGAUGAAUAAGCAGUUCCGCUCAUGCAUGAUGAAGCUGAUCUUCUGUGGUAAGAGUCCCUUUGGAGAUGACGAGGAGGGAUCUUCAUCACAAGUCACCCAGGUCUCUUCUGUGUCCUCCAGCCAGGUGUCGCCAUCAUAA